AUGCCCAACAUCAACGGGCCUGGUCAAUGGAAGAGAAGACUCUUGGGAUCCGUAGUAGAGAGCCAGCUGCUCUACGCCGCCCCUGUGUGGGCGGCUUCCGUCUGCGGCACUGCUAAAUCCAUUAGAAAUCUUAGGAGACCACAGAGAGUGGCCGCCCUGAGGGCUAUCAGAGCCUACAGGACGGUCUCGGACGAAGCUGCAUUCGUAUUGUCGAAUAUGCCGCCAGUUGAUCUUAUCGCCCGCGAGAAGGUGAGGAUCAAGAGCAGGUACAAUGACGAACCGAACCCAGGAGAUCCACCUGUCUCCAGAGAUAGGAUCAAAAGGGAAGAAAGGAAGGCUACCAUUGUCGAAUGGCAGAUGAGGUGGUCCAUUUCAGGCAAGGCUGCCUGGACCCGCCGCCUCAUCCCCGACCUGGUUAGGUGGUAUAACAGGACGACUCCAGUUGUCCCCUGGACCUACCACAUGACACAGGCGCUCACUGGACACGGCUGCUUUCAGUUCUACCUCCAUCGCUUCGCAAGGGCUGCAAGCCCAAGGUGUGUCCACUGCCAGUGUCCCUCGGAUACAGCAGAACACACCUUGUUCCACUGCGAUAACUGGAACGGUCUACGCACAGACCUCCGUGAGCGACUCGGGCAUCCACCAACAUCAGCUGAUGUGCCUGACAUACUCUGUGGUCCUCUAUUCGAAGACCUACCGACAGACGGCUAUCAAAGGACGAUUGCACUUUGCGACGCCGAGGAGACCCUCAGACUCUUCUACAAGAUGGUGGAAAACAUCCUCUCGGUCAAGGAGGAGGAGGAGAGGGCCCGACAGGCCGUAGAAGCCGAUCGAUGA